AUGGAAUCUAUUCGCUGGGUUCUGGCCGUGGCAGACGUUGACUUUGAGGAAGUUUUUCUUACAUCCCGCGAUCAAUAUCUAAAACUUCUGGAUGGUGGAGCGCUCAAGUUUCAGCAGGUCCCUCUUGUUGAAAUCGAUGGCAUGAAACUUGUUCAAACCAGGGCAAUAUUGCAUUACAUUGCAGAGAAGUACAAUUUAAUGGGAAAAAACCUCAAAGAGAAAGCCAUGAUCAACAUGUAUGCAGAGGGAACAAUGGAUCUUAUGGAGAUGAUAAUGAUACUGCCAUUUACUCCAGACCCCAAAUCCAAACUUGAGAACAUUGAACAGAAGGCUCUUACCCGCUACCUUCCUGUGUUUGAAGAGGCGCUGAAAGGAUCAAUGCACUUGGUUGGAGGCAGCCAGUCGUACGCUGAUGUGCUGCUGUUUGAAUGCACUCUGAUGUUGGAGGAGAAAUUUCCAGACAUUCUCAAAGAUUUCACCUGCAUCAAGACUUUUCAAGGGAAGAUGUCCUCCCUUGACACCGUUAAAAAGUUUAUGGCACCAGGCGGCAAGAGGAAGCCACAACCUAAUGAGGCCUAUGUGAAAAAUGCAAUGCAAGUGCUUGGUUUCGCAUAA